UAUUUCAGAGGGUAUAUGACAUGCGGGGGAUUAAGAUAUCUAAAUAUAAGGCAUAUGAUGCAAGGAGGAAAGCGUUGUCUAAAAUUUUUGGAGAUUGGGAAAAAUCAUAUGAAUUACUUCCACAGUAUCUUGAAGCUAUCAAACGAAAUAAUCCGGGUACUGAAUACGAAAUAUUAUCCGAAGAGAUUGCACCGGGUAUGGAGAGGUUCACUCGCGUGUUUUGGGCAUUUGGUCCUGCUAUUAAGGGCUUCACUUUUUGUCGUCCGCUAUUGAGCAUUGAUGGUACACAUUUAUAUGGAAAGUACAAAGGCGUGCUUCUUGUAGCGACCGGUGUAGAUGCAAAUGGCGGGUUAUUUCCUCUAGCAUUUGCAGUCGUGGAGGUGGAGGAUACGUCUAGUUGGAAGUGGUUUUUUGAACUUAUAUACAAGUGGAUUCCAAGUGUCCGUGCGCCAAGAAUAAUUACCUUUAUUUCGGAUAGGAUGAAAGGAAUUAUAAGGGCGUUACAUGAGGGUUUUAGUGCACCACAUCACCAUCGAUAUUGUUUAAGGCAUAUAAGAGAUAAUUUCAAGAAAAAACACGGUGAGAUUAAUUUGCAAAAUCUUUUGUGGCAAGCCGGGUGUGCGACCGACACAUUAGUGUAUGAACAUUGCAGGGAGAAAAUCAAGUCUUUGUCAUUAGAUGCACAUAAUUGGAUUGAAAAUAACUUGAAGCCUCAAUUCGAGCAUCGGUGGGCAUUAUGUAAGGAUGAGGGUGUGCGGUUUUGCAUGAUGACGACUAAUUGCUCCGAGAGCUUUAACGGCGUUCUUAAAGGAGCACGAGCUAUGCCAAUACAAUCUUUGGUUGCGAGAACAUUCUAUAGACUAAACGCAUACUUCAACAAAAGGCGUGGUGAUGGCAUAGACUGGACAACACGUUACACACCAAAAAAUGAGUCCAUUUUGCAUAGAAGAAUUGAGGCAGCAAGAUCAUGUCAAAUUACUGUAUUCAACGACAACGAAUGGCAGGUACAAGAUUGUGACGGUAUCUACACCGUUAAACUAUUUGAUGUUGAUUGCACUUGCACAUGUAACAUACCACAACUCCAAAAAAUACCCUGUGCACAUGUGCUUGCGGCUUCUUCUAAUCAGCCGGGAGGUGCUAGAAUUCCCAGAAAUCGGUAUUGCUCGCCUUGGUAUUCAACAGCUCACUAUCAAAAGACAUAUAGUGAGAGUUUUCAUCCACCUGAUGAUAGUCGGUAUUGGCCUGAAUAUAAUGGACCACAUAUAGUUCCACCUCAGUACCGGAGACAAGCAGGUCGACCACGAUCUGUGCGAAUUAGGGGAACCAUGGAUCAAGGGCGAGAAGGAGUGGUCAAGCACAAAAAAUGUAGUCUUUGCAAACAACCGGGACAUACUCGACCUCGUUGUCCAUCUAGACACAAUAGAUAGCAACUAAUUGGUUUGUACACCAUGGAUCCUGGGCCGGUUAGUGAUGAGGUCUUAUAUGACCAGGCUCAACAUCGUUCACAUUUUAUAUCCUGUACAGAGGUAAUUCAGUUACUUUAUAAUUGUAAUAUUUAUAUUUACAUAAUAUUGCAUUCUUAUACUAUCAUUUGCUGUACAGAGAGGAGGGAGUAUCGUUAUGGUUGAUCAUAGCCUCAGCCAUAGCCGUUGGCGGUUAGAGGAUGAGCGUAUCAUAUCAGCUGUGGGACGGGCCGGCUUCUUGACUUGUUCAAAGCUUCGUUGGAUAAAGCUCGAUUGGCCCCUACUGAC